GUUUCACACGGACUUGUUUUGUAAACGCACCUGAAAGCCCGGGUUAGUAGAGCAUGGGAUAAAAAGAGGGCAAACUUCAGAGCCAGUCCACUGUGCUAACCAGAUAACUAAUGUGGAGGUGCGUGCUGCAGAAGGGCUCCACCUGUCUCAUGCAAGUGGAGCCCCCAAAGUUUCACCACCAAAGAUCAUUUUCAGCCCUAUUUUUGAGGCUCCUCACUCAGAGGCUCCUUCACAGACCUGCAGAAACCACAUAUGUCCCAAGAUUUAGGGAUACAAAGUACUCCCUGGCACACAGUGGAGCCAGGUGUUACAAAAAGGACAUCAGCUCCACUUUAGAGUUCCCUUUGAGCCCCGUCACAUUCACAGAUAUCAAACAGUUUCUGCGCUCCAAGAAUGUUCCCUUCGACGAUGGCUACAGCUGCCUGCACGUCCCGAGCAUCUUCGUCGAGCCGGCCGCCAGGAAGGACGGCUUCUCGUUGUUCGUCGACAAGACCACGGGGCAGUUCCUGUGUAAGGACACGCUGGUGGAGGGGAGCUGGGAGGACCUGCAGGACUGCCUGGAGGUGAUGCAGAACGAGGAGCAGGAGUUCCUCAGCCCCCGGGUGCUGCUGGAGUAUCCGGAGAGUGCAGAGGAGCAGGACGAGAGGGAGAGGGAGCUGAUGGAGGUGCAGAGGAUCUGGUCCAGCUCUGUGCCCCUCACCGACCUCCCAGAGGACGAGGCUCAGACGAUUAAGACCAUGUUCCAGAUCACAAAGAUCACCAAUGCCACCCUGAAGAAGUUUGGUGUGAAGCUCUUCAAGCCGACAAAGAGCCUGGUUUUCCCCUGGUUCAGUGGACCUGACUCCUCUUUAAAGGGAAUCAAGCUCCUCUCCGCCCAAAGCACGGACACGGACAAAGUAACUUACAACGAGGCCACGGUCCCAAAGAGCAGCUCCUAUUACAACCUGUUCGGCCUCCCCCUGGUGAAUCGAAUGGACUCGGAGGUGGUGGUGACCGGCUAUGAGCUGGACGCUCUGGCCGUGAGUCAGGCCACGGGACUCCCCAGCGUCGCUCUUCCUCGUGGAGUCAGCUGCCUCCCACCGAUCCUGCUGCCGCACCUGGAGCAGUUCAAGCGGGUGACGCUGUGGCUGGGGGGGGACAUCCGCUCCUGGGAGGCAUCGAAGAUCUUUUCCCGCAAGCUGGGUCUGAGGCGCUGUUCGCUGGUGCGUCCGGGGGAGUUCCAGCCAUGCCCAGUGGAGGCGCUGGCCAAAGGCAAGAACUUAACCCGCAUCAUCAAAGCUUCCAUCCCAGCGUCACACAAGUCUAUAGUGUCCUUCAAGCAGCUCAGAGAGGACGUGUACGGGGAGCUGAUAAACAGGGACCAGGUGGCUGGAGUGAAGUGGACAAGGUUUCCAGAGCUCAACAAGAUCUUGAAGGGACAUCGUAGGGGAGAACUGACUGUUUUCACAGGUCCGACUGGAAGCGGGAAGACCACGUUCAUCAGUGAGCUGGCCCUGGACCUUUGCACGCAGGGCGUCAACACGUUGUGGGGCAGCUUUGAGAUCAACAAUGUGCGUCUGGCCAAGAUCAUGCUGACCCAGUUUGCCAUGCAGAAGCUGGAGGAGAACCUGGAGCAGUACGACUUCUGGGCGGACAAGUUUGAAGAGCUGCCGCUUUACUUCAUGACUUUCCACGGUCAGCAGAACAUCAAGACCGUGCUGGACACCAUGCAGCAUGCUGUCUACCUCUAUGACAUCAACCAUGUCAUCAUUGAUAAUCUGCAGUUCAUGAUGGGACAGGAAAACCUCUCAGUAGACAAGUUUGCUGUGCAGGACCACAUUGUUGGAGUGUUCAGGAAGUUCGCCACCAACAGCGGCUGCCACGUCACUCUGAUCAUUCACCCGAGGAAGGAGGAGGAUGAUCGAGAACUGCAGACGGCGUCCAUCUUUGGUUCGGCUAAGGCCAGCCAAGAGGCCGACAACGUGCUCAUCCUCCAGGAGAAGAAGCUGGUGACGUGUCCCGGCCGCAGGUCCCUGCAGGUGACCAAGAACCGCUUCGACGGAGAUGUGGGCAUCUUCCCCCUGGAAUUCAUCAAGUCUUCGCUCACCUUCUCCACCCUCAUCAAGGGCAAACACCGGCUGAGGAAGGUCGCUGCCAAGCCAGGAAAUGAGAAGAAGAAGGAGGAGGAGGUGGCGGCGGCGGUGGCGGCAGCGGCGGAGGGAAAAGCGGAGUUGGGAGACGAGGUUAAAAAAGCGAAGGUUGAGAAAGUGGCCAAAAUGACUCCGAGAACCGCUAAGAGUCCCGCAACUGAAAAAGGAGCCGCUCCCAAGUAAUUCAUCGUUGAUCGAGGAUGAGUUUGAACAGCUCUACAUUUUGAGGUUGAAAGCAGAUCACGACUCUGAACUCUUUUGUAGGGAAACACAACAUUAGACAGUUUUAUGUCCAUAACGUGAAGCCGAAUAUAAAUAUAUAAAUAGAAAAAGAUGAAACGUAUGAAUGAACAGCUUUGAUUGUAGUCCACAAAGAAACCUUCAGAAUCCAGGAAAUUCUGAUUAAUAAAGAUUAACUUUAUCAUCAAAGGAAGAAAGGAUGGACGGACAGUGAAACCAGAUGUGAAAUAUUGACUGUAAAGUGUUCGUACAUGUAAAACUACUACAGAGUGUUAAAGCCGGUCCUACUGCACGCUAAGACUGAAUUCUCCGUUAAAAUGUUUAAAGCUUCAAAUGUUACUUAGUGUUUAUAAGGGUGUAUUUCACGGUAACUAUCACUGUCUGCUUGCCAUGACACAAGCACCUGUACAAUGACAUGGAGAGCCUUCUACUGACUUUUUGUACAACAUGAUUUAUUUUCUUUUUUAAUAAAAUGCGUUUGACGCAGA